AUGGACCGUCCGAUGUCUUUCCACACAAUGAAGGCCUUAAUCAGAAGAGUAUUCCAGAAUGUCUUUCCACACAAUGAUGGCCUUAAUCAGGAGAGAAUUACAUUUAUGGACCGGGGUCUUCCCACACAAUGGUUAUGGACCGGGCUCGAAGAGAAUUCAAGACCUCAAGGUACAACGAACUUAAAGCUCGGAAAUGAGAAACAGUGGACAGUGGCACUCUCCCGAUCAGAAGAGAAUUCAAGAUCUCAAGGUGCAACGAACUUAAACAACAAAAGAGAAACAGUGGACAGUGGCACUCUCCGACAUAGCCGACUACGAGAAUCGAAGCCGUUGCUGAGUUUAGACUACGUAUCGGACAGGAUUGCCCCGUUGAUGAGUUUAGACUACGUACCGAACACGAUUGCCUAUCAAAACACCUUCACAGAUUGGGAGUAUACACUCAACUCACAUGUACACCUUCACAGAUUGGGAGUAUACACUCAACCCACAUGGACCUUCACAGAUUGGGAGUAUACACUCAACCCACAUGCCCCCUUCACAGAUUGGGAGUAUACACUCAACCCAUAUGCCCUUUCACAGACUGGGAAUAGUACUCCGUUGAUGAGUUUAGACUACGUACCGAACACGAUUGCCUAUCAAAACACCUUCACAGAUUGGGAGUAUACACUCAACUCACAUGUACACCUUCACAGAUUGGGAGUAUACACUCAACCCACAUGGACCUUCACAGAUUGCGAGUAUACACUCAACCCACAUGCCCCCUAUAAACCUACAGGAGGAAAUGGAGAAGACCCACCUGAUUCGGUAUAUUGGGAGAAUACACUCAACCCACAUGCCCUCUAUGUAGCCUUGGGAGUAUACACUCAACCCACAUGCCCCCUAUGUAACCUUCAAGAGGAAAUGGAGAAGACCCACCUGAUUCGGUGUCCCACAGGAGAAAAUGAAGAAGACCCACCUGAUUUGGUGUCCAGCACUAAAGACAACGACGGAAACCCAGAGAUACUGGGAAGCAAAAAAAAGCCAGAGAUACUGGGAAGCAAGACGACGGCUAAAUGA